CUUAGUGAUUGCUAGGACGGCAAAAUAAUAAUAUAUAUAUUUGGUUAUGUUUAAAAAACCAACUUUCUUCCAAUCUGUAACAUAUGCAGGAUUAAUAGCCAACAUACUCACUUUAUGUGAACCUGGAAUGUUCGAUUGCAUCGGUAAUUUAGGUGCUGGUGGUUUUGGUAGUGUAAAGGCUAUAGCUACAGCCAAUGCUCUCGUUUAUGCACUCAUGACUGUCGGUAUAUUGCUAUCUGCCCCUAUUAUCUCCUAUGUCGGACUCAAGCCUGUCCUUAUUCUCGGAUGCGCUUUCUUCUGUGUCUAUGGUGCAGCACUUUAUUACAAUUCUAUUGCUCACAAUGAUGGCUUCCUUAUCGGUGGUAGCGUACUCUGUGGUAUCAGUGCUGCUGCAUUUUGGGCUACAGAGGGUACCAUUUUCUCUUCACUUCCAUCAAACGACGAUAGAGGUAGAUACCUUGCUUUGUGGGGUAUCGCAAAGAACCUUGCACCUUUAGCAUUAGGUGGUUCAAUCAGUUUGGGUUUCAACGUUCACUCAUAUGAAUCUGGAAACAUCUCACCAGACGUCUACAUCGUUUUCUUCAGUUUGAUGGCUGCUGGUUUCGCUAUUUCCUUCCUUUUCCCAAAUCCAAACAAUAUUUACAGACGUGAUGGUUCAAAAGUUGAAGUCAGAAAGACAGAUGGUUUCUUUACUGAAAUGACACGUACAUUGAAGGCAUUCAGAGAACCAAGAGUAUUCAUGUUGCUCCCACUUUUCUUCAUGAGUUACUUCUACUAUGCUUAUCAAUCAAACUUUACGAGUUUAUACUUCAACGUUAGGACUAGAGCUCUGUCUAGUUUUGUUAGUCCAUUUGGUGCCAUUAUAAGUUCAACCAUGAUGGGAUUCUUUUUGGAUAGCAAACGUUGGAGCGAGAAGACAAAGGGUAUGACUAUGCUCGGUAUUCUCUUCGUUCUCGAAAUGGGACUAUGGACCUGGAUAGCAAUCUUGCGUUCUAUUUAUGGUGACAAUGACAGUAUUGGAUUAGAUUUCGACGGUGCAUCAUCCGUAUUCAAUAGAGCAUUCCCAGUUGUCUUUUUCAUGAACUUUAUUGGUCAAGGUUCACAAAAUUACCUAUACUGGGUUGUAGGUCACUACGCUUGCGGUGUCAAUAAUCUGUCGACAUACGUAUGUAUUUUACGUAGUUUCGAAGCACUUGGUCAGACAGUCGCUUGGGCAAUUUCACAAACUACUUCAACGACAUCACCAGUGCACAUUUACAUCAAUUUCAUUGGUUUAUUCGUUAGUAUUUUGAUAUCCAUUCCAGUUAUCUCAAAACUUCAAUAUUAUGAGAAGGAUGAGAAUGAAUUUAUUAACUACAACUUAUCAGAUCAAGAAUCACCGAAGCUCUCUCUGGAUGAGAAAGCUGAUAAACCAGCCAAGUAGAUUUUAACUUAUACAUCACGCAACAUCAUUUUAAUAUAGGAUUAUCACCAUUUUCACUUUUCAUCUCCACGUUGGACAUAGACUUUUCACUCACUUAUUACUUGCAUUGUUAUACUAUUGAAUAAUACAUGUUUACUCUACAAAAUCUAAUGUGUAAUGUGUUCAAUUUCCUCUAGCAGCUAAUGUUUGAUCGUUAAGUGAGAGAUUGUUGACUAUUAAACUACGGGUUUGACGUAAUAGCCAGCAAAUUUUGCCUAUGAGUGUCUUCUUGGAGAACCUCAAGGUACAAGAUAACUCGGUAAGCGUGAAAUAGACAGCUCCGAAUACCAUACCUAUGACAAACCCGACAAUUAUUUGAGUGGUAGUGUGGUAACUUAAGUGAUGUCUACUAUAGGCUAUCAUUAUAGCCACCAGAAAUGCCAAUUUUGACUCCAUACCAGGGUAACCAUUCCGUUGAAUCUGGUGAAAUGUGAUGAAAAUCGCAGUAUAGGCAACGAAUUGAGCAUGUGAAGAAGGCAUUCCAUAACCUGUACCUAUAAAGGGACGAGGCUGCUUGAAUAUACGUUUAAGCAACCAAUUGAGAGCUUCAUUAGCGAGUUGACCAGCGAAUGCGUUUAAUAUGACAGCGUCUCUAUUGAAAUAAACAAGUGUGACAUAUCCUGAUAAGAUUGCAAAUGGCAGUAAAGUAACUAAAGCUAACAAAAAGCUCAAGUGACUAUCACCUGUAUAUAAUACAUAUGUUAAAUCUAAAUGCGUCAGACUCGUCAUGGCUGAGCGCCUU